AUCGGUCGCCUCCGCAAUGCUUCCGUGAGCGUCGCGGAUCAGCUACUCAACUCGAACCCCCAACUGGGCAUGUGGCGAGCGACUGGCACUGCCAUUGCCCAUGCACCCAACCUCACCGACUUGCGCACACCAGAAACCGGCGGCGAGAAGAUUGUCUUUGACAAGGAUGGUCACAGUGCCCGUGUCCCGGAGCUCGACGAGGGCAAAGAAGAGUUUGCAGAACGCAUGCAACGCAUUCAGAGCAAAAGCACCAUUUCGCCCUCGGUAUCGAAAGCGGCGGGUGAUGGUUCCAUGUCUUCGAAUACUCAGCAACACGCAACUGUCCCGCCCAAAGCAAAAGUGCCAUGGACUGUCGCAAUCAAGCAUGGAUUUGCUGCCGCCGCCAAGUUCAUCUUGACGCCGACGGGCUUCUUAAUCACCGUCUACGGCUUGAAUGUCGUAGCCUGGGGUGCAAUGCUCUUCUUCCUGCUGCUCCACGCAGCUCCCGCCAUGAAUCACCCAGACAACGGCGAUGCCGACUCGUCACCACGCAAAAUCUGGCUCGAGAUCGACUCUCAGAUCCUCAAUGCUCUGUUCUGUCUGACAGCAUUCGGACUGGCUCCUUGGCGCUUCAGAGACCUCUACUGGGUAGCCUGUUGGAGGCUAGGCACAGGCCCAGAGCACGGUCACGGUGCGCUGAAAAAGCUGGCCAAGCGUAACAACGACUGGUUCAGAAUGGGCGGCAGACACGGCGAAGAACAUCUCGAAGAUGCAAGAAUCACAUUCACAGGCAACCACGCUCCUCCGACCAAGUCCUGGAAACUCGAUCUCAUGGUGUGGCUGACGGCGUUCAACACUUUCUUCCAGGUCGGCAUGGCUUUCUUCAUGUGGCACUGGAACCGCAUAGACCGUCCAGGGUGGGGAACAGGCACAUUCAUCGGACUCGGGUGUGGUGUCAGUCUGGGUGCAGGUGUGCUCGCUUGGUGGGAAGGAAGGAAGAUCAAGUUGAUCGAGGGUCCCAAGGUGUUA